AUGGGGAAGGAGCUCAUGACUCACGACUGUAGAUAUGAGUGCCUCAUGGAGAGCAACUGUUUGUCUGUGAACAUUGGCCCACCAAACGAGAAAGGCUUCAGGCUCUGCCAACUGAGUACUUUUGACCACACCCAACAUCGUGAAGAUAAAGAAAUAAGAAAAGGUUUUAUUCUCUGGGCCUCUGAAGCAGGAUUUUACUUUAUAUUACGAUACAAUUUUUGGUCAAGUAUAGUUGCUAACAGGCAUUUUUCUAUCCUAUCAGAAUCAAUGCUUCAGUAAUCCUUGCCUCCAUAAUUCCACCUGUCUUAAUGGAUAUACCGACAAGAGAUACAUUUGCUUGUGCACAGAUAGUUACAUGGGAGAAAACUGUGAAAAAGGUCUCACUAAUAUUCUUUUUUAAUGUUCUGAAGGUUCUUCAUCCAGCUUGCGGAUAAGCUCAUAUCAGUCUUCAUUGUUUCCUUUGUUUAGAUAGAAACGAGUGUGUUGACAACACUCACGACUGUCAUGCCAAAGCUGUUUGUAAUAAUACCGAGGGAUCAUUUACCUGUAGCUGUACAGAAGGUUAUCAGGGGGACGGUCGGAAUUGCACAGGUGAGAUUCAUAGAUAUUCAUAGAGACAUAUUAAUAAUAAUGAAACAUUUUUAUAGCACCAUAUCCAAUGGCUCAUGGCGCUUUACAAAGCCUUGCGUGGGACUUAGAUGCCCGAAUUUUAAGAAUUAAGGCCCCCUACUCUCUGCGAUAUUUGUAUAAAUAACUCAACGUCCCCCAUCGGCCAGUACAGAAGAGAUGCAGGAGAAGGGGCGUACGGUUUUUUCGUCCUCAUCCGAGAAGACUAAAAUGUCAAAUCACUUGCAGAUAUCAGAGCAAAGGUAUCACAUUCUCUUCAGUAAUUUUAAAACCGUGAUCAUGAGUGUUGGUCCGGUUCGGGGCGUGAACUAUCGGCCUCCCACACAGCAGUACGGCGCUCUACUAAAUGAUCUAACCAUUUUCAGUUAUUAUCAGCCAACUUUGACUGAAUUCCAAGUAUCAAACAUAUUAAAUGGGGAAAAUGUUUCAGCUGUAAUCGAUAACUGGUCCUCGAACGUAAGGAGAAGACGGUCCAAUGAUACACCUUUUGGUCUCUUCAUUCUCGCUGAGAGUGAUUUUUCUGAAGACCAAAACAGUCAUUGCUGAUAUGCAUCACGGUCGAUUUUGCAAAAACAUUGAUGGAUUUUCGUUCACCGGUUCUUGUUGACUUCAAAAAUUUCCUGUUUUCGUACAUUGUACCUCGUAUUUCAGUUGUAACCAUUGACCAACCAGUAACUAGAGGCAGUGGGAUUGAAUUGCGUCCGAGCCUGAAAAUUUCUUAAAUAGUCUACGAUAGUUUUUAAUUGCAACUUUUUUUUAGGAUUUCUCUUUAUUUGGUGUUCCUGCCCUUUUCUUGUUUACUUUCAAACUUUUUAGAUGUGGACGAGUGUACCAGCCAAACCCAUGGCUGUCACUAUAAUGCAAGUUGCAAUAACACAGUCGGCUCUUACACAUGCAAAUGCAAAACGGGAUUCACUUGCGGUAAGUAUAAGAAAUGUUGUGUGAUUUUUUUUUUUUUUUUAGUUUUUUCAGAAGUUUAACUGAUAACGAUUUGCUUGAUCCGCUUGAAACAGCACCGGAGAUAAACUUUGAUAAAACGUGCGUUUAAAACGAAUACUUAAUUCAAUCAUUGCAGUUCAGACAGGUACUUUCUCAUUCCAUAUAAACUGUGACAUAGGAAAAUACUUAUCAUAAGUGCCAUGUAAGCACACCAAAAUGAACAUUGGCACAACCUGAAAUCUACGAAAUCGAGGUCGUAUGGAUUACAUUUAAUGGGCUUAGGAUUCUAUAAUGGAAUGACCAGGAACUAAGUAAGACAAGUUUUCCACAGAUUUCGCUGAAGUGGUUCAUUACCUGAUAUGUCUACACAGGAAAUUCACUCAAAAAAUUACUUAACGAUCAGUGCUCAGAAAUUAUAUUCGUCAGGAGAAGACUCCUCCUGUUAUGAGCAACGCGUAUCCCAUAGUUUCCUCCAGAUAAUCAAAAUAAUUUCAAGUUUCUUUACCAGGGUAGGAAAACUUAAGAUCUAAAGCACCCUUAAUGAGCUUAAUGUUUUACAUAUUUGUUCUCUCAACUGUUUGAACUGAUCAUACAACCAGCUGCCAGACUGAACACAAACAUUCAAGAUAGAGAUGAAAUUACAACUUAAUUAAAAAAAUGGAUGUCAAUUUUAUAUUUUCCUCUCAGCAUUCAAAGCCGUGUUCUCAAAUCUCAAUGCCACUGGAAGAUAUGGUCCAACAUCGCUUGGAAGUUACUACGCAGGUCAGGAUCAUGACGGACAAGUUGCUCUGUCCAGCGGUAUUCAACAGUGGACUGUACCGUACACUGGUGAUUACAGAAUAGAAGCAAUUGGGGCAGCUGGAGGGUACGAUAAAGGGAUAAACAGCCCUCAGUACCGCGGGAGAGGAGCAAGAAUGAUUGGAACAUUCCGCUUAAUCAAGGGUGAAGCCAUCCAUAUAUUUAUUGGUCAAGAGGGAGGAAUAAACAAGAUGUAUAAAUCCUCUGGCGGCGGUGGAGGUACAUUUGUAGUGAGAGGAGCCAACACACCUUUGAUAAUAGCUGGAGGCGGAGGAGGGGUACAAUAUGGAUUUUCAAAACAUACAAAAUGUGACGCCAGCACAAGCACGACAGGGAAUCCUGAAGACAGACCAUGGUCAGGAGGGAGCAAUGGACAAGGUAAAAGAAUUUUUUAA